GUCAUCCCGGUACAAUAAAAAACAGAUGGCUGCAGUUACAGGCGAGCCACUGGACUCUCUGAUGAGUAAAGUAAGCGAUCUUUCAAAAGGCAAAGUGCGUAAGAAUAUUAAAGGUGACCCUGAUGAGCUGGGAAAGCAGGAUGACAGCGAACUGGAGUUUCUGGAGAAGGAGCAUAGCGGCAUCCUGAAAUCUUCUAGAAAUGUUUGUGAGCUGCUGGAAAAGGUCCGAGAAGAGACCGAUGCUUUGGAGGAACAGGUUCUGACUGUCUGCAGCUCUGUGCCUCCUAAGGUUUCAGCAGCUCUUUCUGCUGCAGUGGAGGUCAGAUGUUCUCUGGAUGGCCUCCUGCAGAGAGAACAACUUAUCUCCAACAAGCUGGAGCAGCACCUACAGGGGACCAGUCAGUGGAUGGAUGAACUUGGCCGGAAAUGUAACCAUGUGGACUUUAUAGAAAGAUCCAUGAAGUACCUGAAGUGCCUUUACCACAUAGAAGAACUUAGUGCUGCAGUCCAGCAGUCUCUGAUGAUCGACAGUGUAUGGGACGCCAUAAAGGGAGUAGAGAGCAUGGCAGCCCUGGACUGUGGGCUGAACCAAUCAGAAUGCUCCCAUCUUUGUGACUUUCUCAGAAAAACUCUUUGUUUCUGGCACAACAUCAUCAAGGAUCAACUGACCAGUAAAUUUGAGAAAGUAUUGACUCAGCUUCAUUGGCCAAUCAUCACACCUAACCAGGCAGUGACCUCCCCUGCUAACUAUCAGGAUCUCAGCAGCCAGUUGGAGGGGCUCUUGCUACAGCUGCUUGCACUGCAGACCUCUGAUGACCUCAUAUCUCAGAGAGCUUCAGCCUCCACCCAAGGACCGCCCUCCGUGUCUUCAUUCAACCUUUUCUCACCAGCACCUCCCCUCUCUUUACCCAUUCAGAUCAUGUUGCAGCCACUCACCAAGAGGUUCAGAUACCAUUUCUAUGGAAAUCGGCAAACCAACUCCAUACACAAGCCAGAGUGGUACCUCACACAAGUUCUGAAAUGGAUGGAGAACAGUUCAACCUUCAUGGAGGAAAGGAUUCAGCCCAUCUUUGACCAAGCUGGACAAACUAUAAGUGCAAAGGUAGAGCUGUGUCGAGGUCUGGUAUGUGUAGUCCAGGAGAAGGUAGCCAGUGAUGCUUCUCGAAUGCUGUAUGAUGAUGGGCUCUUCUGCCACCUGGUGGAAGAGGUGCUCCAGUUUGAAAAGGACCUGAGAAGCCAUCAUUCCUACCCUGCAACACUGCCUGGUCUACUCCACAUCCUGCUGGAGGAUGCAUUCCUUCAGAAGUGGCUUGCUGUGGAAAGGAAGAUGGCUGUAGAGAAGAUGGAUGCUAUGCUGUCUGCUGAGGGAGCGUGGACAUCUCAGUAUAAAGAUAUCAGUGAUAUGGAUGAGCUGAAGGCGCCUGAGUGUGCAGAGACAUUCAUGACUCUAUUACAGGUUAUCACAGAACGCUACCGGGCCUUGCCCAGUCCUUCAGCACAGCUCAGGUUUUUUGGGCUGCAGAAGGAGUUGGUCGAUGACUUCCGCAUACGACUAACUCAGGUGAUGAAGGAAGAGUCCCGCUGCCCACUGGGGACUCGUUAUUGUGCCAUCCUUAAUGCAGUUAACUACAUUUCAACCAUUCUAAGAGACUGGGGUGACAAUGUGUUUUUCCUCCAGCUGCAGCAGGCUAUGGUUUCGCUGGGUGACCAAGAGGUACUGAGCAGCCUUGAAAUGACAGAGGUUGGUCGCCUAGCUUCCCUGGAGGGAUCUCUGUUUGAUGGUCUAUUGUCACUGCUGGAUCGAUUAAAAGGAGACAUGUUGGGAAGACUCCUACACUUUCUUAUGAGAGACACUGCUGAAAAAGCCCAACCAUACUGUCAGGAGAGAUGGUUAUCCAUUCCACCUCCACAAGACCACUCUGCCAUGUCCCUGUCCAGUUCAGCAUGUCCCAUGAUGCUGUGUGUGAGGGACAGAUUGCUGAACCUUCAUCAGGUCUUGAGUGUUUCGCUGUUCCAACUUGCUUGGCAGGGCUUGGCAGAAAAACUGGACAACUUUAUCUACCAAGAGGUUAUUUUGACUAAUCACUUCAGUGAUGGUGGAGCAGCUCAGCUUCAGUUUGACAUGACCAGGAACUUGUUUCCUUUGUUCGGCCAUUACUGCAGAAGACCUGAGAACUUCUUUAAGCAUGUGAAGGAGGCAUGUAUCAUUUUGUGCUUAAAGGUCGGUUCUGCCAUUCUCCUAAAGGAUCUCCUUAAACGGUCUGAGCUAGAGACAAGAGACUGGGAAGAUGCAGGAGAUCCUUCACCAGAGUCUGCUCUGAAUGAGUUAGGGGUUUUCUGCUUGGCCCCAUGUGAUGUGUUAAUUCUUCUCAACCUCAAAGCUUCGCUGCCAGGAAUAUAACGAUGCCGGUUUGGCGGUUUUCCAGUGUUGUGCAGUGUGGAUCUGAUUUUUCAUUAUAUGUAAUUAUAUCCUGGCUCCCUUGUAACAAAUCCAAAGUAUUGUUACUUACAAAAUGAUGAGUUUAAUAAAUGUGGGUUCCUCAAA